AUGGAGCGGAGCCGAUGGAGUUGCUCUGCCCAGGAGUCAAUUGAGAGGAGACCCCAGGGUGGGCCCAGAGGAGAACCCAGAGGUGAUCCCAGAGGUGAUCCCAGAGGUGAUCCAAGCGGAGACCACAGAGGAGACCAGGAGACCCAAGCGGAUACCCCAGCGGAGGCGCCGCCUUGUUCGGGGACGAACAAGGGUCCCCGGAGGGGGCUGUGUAACGGCGGUGCCGGGCCGCCGGCAGAGGACGCCAGCACGGACACACGGUGCAACGUUAGCGUUGGGACCCCUGCUGCUGGGCCAUCAGACCCGUUGCCGGACUGCGCCGACUCAUUAGCUGAUUGCAUUGUGCUGAGUCCCCCUGAGCAUGGCUAUUACUUUAGACGUUAUACAGCUAAUGAAGAGGUUGAGCAUGGAACAGUAAUAGAGAUUGUAUGCAUUCCUCGGUACAGCUUGAACAGUGAUGAGGAAUACACAUGUACCAAUGGACAGUGGUCGUUUGAUGCAAAGUGUGUAGCAACUCCCUGUUCCAAGCUACCAGAACUACUGAAUGGACUGAUUGUAUAUAACCCAGAGUUGGUGAACCAAGCCCUGCCUACCGUCCCUCAUGACACACGGGCUACAUACACAUGUCUGUAUGGCUUUGAAUUGCAGGGAAGGCACAAUGCACCGCAGUGUUACUAUGGCACUUGGUAUUAUAAAACAUCAGAGCCAGUCUGUACACCAAAGUUGUGCAGUCAAGACAACUUGGAGCACGGCAGCGUACGUUACACUAAGAACAAUGAGGAAUUCAGUGUCCGGAACCAAGACCCCCAUCAUGGUGUUUUCAGGACUUUUAAAUGCACCAGCGAAUACAGUCUGGUCUGGGCCCAGACAGAAGCAUCAGCAUGUGUAGAUGGGGUGUGGAAUACGACUCUUCCAGCAUGUGGGCCAGAUUCUUGCUCCAGACCAGCUGUUGCCGGUAGUAACGUGGAGGUGCAAAGCUUGGGGCAUGGCGGUACGGCCCAUGUUACAUGUGACCAGGGCCUGAAACCAAGUGUUGGAAAUGGUGGUCUACGUUGCCAUGCUGGACAUUGGGUACCAGACGGCAUAAUGUGCAUAAGAAGUGAUGCGUCAUCCAAUGUGGCAUAUGGAAGACCAGCAUCACAAAGCCCAAGAUCUGAUGAAUCUAACAGACAGCAAGCAAGCUUAGCAGUGGAUGGAGAUAGGACCACAGACAGUGAACAUGGCAGCUGCACUUCUGCACGAAAAUCUGGAAGGCAAGUUUUCUGGGAGGUAGAUUUGCAGGCUACAUACAGGAUAGAAUACGUGGACAUCUAUUCCAACCGUAAACCCAAACUGAUAGGUGCAACAGUCCAAGUCGGAUACCCUGAUGCCACAAGAGAGUCGUAUAGUCAAUGUGGUCUCACAAUAAGUUCCCAGAUGGCAAGAGGUCGUCAGCCCAGAGUGCGAGUGGAUUGCAACCGCGAGCUGAUUGCUGGGCAAAUCAUCAGGAUCGAGCUGCAGGAAUCUGACAAAUUUAGUCUGUGUGAAGUAGAGGUGUUUGCUACUGGUCCCAUUGCAACAUGUAGGAUCCCUUACAUCGCCGGUAUGAGACAAGCACUAGAAGGUGAUGGUGGGGUGUUGCUUACCAAUGCUCAAGUUCCUCCAGGAACAGGCAUUGCCUAUAACUGUGAGACAGGCUACCAGCACCGCGGAGCUGUGGAUAACCUGUGCAGAGGGGACGGUACAUGGUCUAGACAUUUUCCCACUUGCUAUGCAGAACGCUGUCGUUUGCGGGCGAGUGAUUUCAGUCAUGUCAUGAUCAACAUCCAGGAGCUUGAACCAGAUGCACAGGGAUUUGUAUACAUUCCUCAUGACACAGAUGUCAUCUUCAGCUGCACAAGAGGAUAUGAACUAAGGAAUAACAAUAGAUACACUCCUCGGUGUUGGAUGGGAGAGCUUCUGUAUUACACUGAUCUUCCAUCCUGUCACGCAGUUCGGUGCCGUGUUCCUUACCUUAUGCAUGGUAGCUUCCGCCUUAUCCAGGGCGAUCGUUAUGAGCAUGGGUCCACCAUAAGGUACGAGUGUAACCCAGGUUAUAUAUUACAAGAUCCAGCCGCUGAAUAUUCCCAUUGUGAUGAUGAUGGAAGAUGGAGCCUGGAACCCGUAUGCCACCCAGACGAUCAAGUAACCGAACUACCUGUGGCAGCUGCCACAUGUCCCACACCGUCAGUCCCCAGUGCCCUCAUCUACCACCGUGGCCAAAACAUUGCCACAGCAGACUUAGAAAUCAUCUUUGGUAAUGGUGAUGAGAUUGAGGUUCGAUGUAAUACAGACUUCACCGUCAGCGGCAGGGAGACAGUGACCGCUACUUGUAGGAAUGGAGCCUGGAAGCCUGUACUACCACGUUGCGAUGUUACAUACAAGCGCUCUUGUUCUCGUCCUGUGGCAGUCCCAGAUGUCAGACAGUAUGUUGACGAUUCAAUCAAGCUACUUGACACCCCUCGCACUUCGUUCUUCCAUGAAUCCACCAUAAUGUCACGGUGUAAGGAUCCAUUAACGAUGACUCUGGUAACUGGUCCGCUCCGCACCUGUAAUGACGGCAGAUGGACUGGACCGGUGCCAGUAUGCGAGCGGGCAUCAACUAGCUUCAGCCUCCCAGCCUUAGAUACCACGCUCCAUCAGUUCAUGGCUAAUGGAACCUUGCUCAUCUACCCUGGUGUUGGUCAGUUGAAUGUGGAUUGCAUUGUCUCCAGCGGUUACCCAGUUUUAGACCACAGUCACUCACAACAAUGGAUUCCAGGUGGUCAAGGAAAAAAGAAGUAUGGUGUGCCUGUAGAAGGUCACUCAGGGACUUAUACCUGUAAGAAGGUUGGGUGGCCAACUGUAUUUCAUCGGCUUAUGAUACAGGUAAGAGCUGUUUCCUGUUCAGAGCCAAGGCCCCCGUUAAACGGCCGUCGUAUCGAUGAUGACUUCCGCCUCACAAAGUCAGUGUCAUUUGAAUGCAUUGAGGGCUAUGAUCUUAUCGGGGAACGGACGAUCAAAUGCAACCUUGGUAAAUGGUUGGGAGAAAUACCGCACUGCAGAGCUCGGGACUGUCCUGAUAUCAACAUGGCACACCGAGACCCCAACCUACGUCUCACGAUAAAUGGAGGCAACUCACCAGGCUCAGUAGUGAUAUUUACUUGCCAAUCCGGAUUCCAUCGGGUAGGAGAAACACGCCUCACUUGCCAGGGUGGCAGCUGGUCUCCUUCCUUCCCUACUUGUGAAGCCGAUGUUCCUGAUGACACAGGCCCGCUAUUGGGGCCGGAUGACUGCAACUGUGAGGUUUGGGAGAGAUGUGUGGCCAACAGCAACGGCCCAUCAACAUGCCACUGCAUCCACCCGCGGCAGUGUGAUGACGUAGGCCAGGAGCAAUACUGUGGGAGUGACGGUCGAACCUACCCCAGCAUCUGCAGAAUGAAGGCUGCAGGCUGUCUGCUGGACUUGGACAUACAGGUCGUCAGCAAUGGACCUUGCCCAGAAAAUGAUUGUAACUGUGAGGUUUGGGAGACAUGUAAGGCCAACAGCAACGGCCCAUCAACAUGCCACUGCAUCCACCCGCAGCAGUGUGAUGACGUAGGCCAGGAGCAAUACUGUGGGAGUGACGGUCGAACGUACCCCAGCAUCUGCAGAAUGAAGGCUGCAGGCUGUCUGCUGGACUUGGACAUACAGGUCGUCAGCAAUGGACCUUGCCCAGAAACAACUGGGGAUCCCAAUCAGCCAGAUGAAGAUACUUCAUACAGUGAUUAUGCUUCUGAGAGCUUCGAGUUGUCCAUGGACUCAGCUUUGUCACCGAUACCAACAGGUGGAGAAGACAUGCCUACUGCUGCUGACCGAUCAGUAGAAGGCACCACGCACCGAAGCAGUACCUCCAUACAGUAUUGUGAGACUUGCGUUGCCCUAAACCUUGGAACGGCUUGCCAGAAUUCAACACAUGUCUUCGUUGGCAUACCGCAGAAAGUUGAGCCAGCUCAGCUUGACAGUUUAACCUACAAUGUGAAGGUCUUGACUCCCAUCAAAGUUUACAAUCAUACCCAAGAUAUCACUUUCCUGAUGCAAGGGACUCUUGAUGAAACCAACCAGUGUUAUUGCCCCAGAGUCACUGUAGGGCAUGAUGAGUACCUUUUUAUUUUGCGAGAGGAUAGUUCUGCAAGUUUCCCAAUCACAAAUGGCUUUGUUGGAUUAUGGGCCGACCACAGUGCAACUUACAAUAGCACCUGCAACUUGUAAUUCCUUGGCCACAUUCAUUGUCCAUUCAAGUUUUGGCUAUUUUGACCUUUAACCCCUUCAAGACCAGGAGUAUCAACAGUGUCCAGUAAAAUGAUUUUAAAUAUGAUUGAGGUUGUGUUGAAUUUAUUGUGCAUCAAAUAGGUCAACAAUGGGCACGCAAAAACACUGCUGCAGAACGCUUUUAUACUAUGUUUUUUUUUUAUAUCCAUAUAGACAUUUCCCCAAAAAUAUGACGACGUCAGCCAAAGACACCUUAAAUUGAGUACUUAUAGCAUGGUUGAUGCUAUAACCCAUUCCUGGUGGUUAAAAGCCCAUCACAUGGCCGGUCUUAUAUGAUAAAGACCGGUAAGCUGGUAUUAAACACUUUUUCCAGUGUCACAUAAAAUUUGGACUCUAUGAAAUCCAGUGCCUUUUACGUUUUAUUAGUUGAACGUUCACAAUCCUCACAUAGGCAUGCACAAUGGUAGCAGUGAGUCAGAAUUUCUUAGUCCUAAAUUCACAACGCACCACCCCAGUGGCAUUCCGCCGCGCCAAGCUCCAUAAAAGGAGGUGUUUACGACAUACUCGUGAGCUGGACACUCCGUUAUAUAGCUAGAGUUAUAUAAGUAUUGAAAAACAUGAAAUGAGCUUGUUGAAAAAAAUCUUUGGAAAUUUUGAAUUGUUUACUUGUUUUGACUUUUCGACCGAAAAGUUUUUAUCUUUUUAAAUUUUUAUGGUUUUUUUAAAAUAUUUUUAUUUGCUUGGUCGGUAUUAAACAUCAUGUUUAAGACCUGGUGGAGGCUGGAUGCUGAUAGUUACCCUUGCCUUUGACUCCAGUAAUUAUCAGCAUCCAUACCCCAAUCAGUCUUAAAUAGAGUGUUUAAAACCUCUGAAGCACACAUUUAUUCCAGUCUGGCUCCAUAACUGUUUGCAAAUGAGUUAUUUUGGCUACCAAAAUGCACUUUUAUUCAAAUUCACUUUUAUUCGAAUUCACCUCUGAUUUUUUUUUUUUCAAUACAAGAUACAAAUAGUUAAUCUUUUUUGUUUGAGUUUCAAGGGAUGUUUCUACCAUGUUGUAUAUUUUUUUAACAAUAUUACCUAUUCAAUAAGUUACCUCCACUUCAUUUCGAAACUCAAUAAAUCUAAUUUCUUCAGGGGGAAAAAUAACAAAUAAUAUGAUGAAGGAAAUUUGCCAGUGGUUCUGUAUACAUGUAGUUGCUUGGAUUCGCUGGCGAUUUUCCUCUCAAUCAAGUGUCAUAAACACUCUUUUUGUACAGUCAAAACCGGAAACGACAGGCAACUAUUCAUCCUUCCCCAAAAAGGACAUUUUUUAUAAGAAGGAAUUUUAAUCAGGGAGAUAUUUUAUAAUGGGUUUGCCGUUUUUCGCUCACAUAUUUAGAAACACUGUUUUGGACGGCGCGGUAUUACGUUAUGGUUAGCUGAGCCAGUGAAUAGUCAUUUGAAUGUGCUGUUCAUCGGUUGCUAUGUAACCAUACAGCACUCCAUGUUUAAGACCAUUGAGUUUCAAGACAAUGGGUCUUGGAUCUAGAUAAGGCAAUGUAAACAUUUCCUGGAUGUCCGCGCCUGCCUAUACUUCGAGUUAUCCGAGGGUAGUUUGUGGGCAAACAUUCACAAACUCGGACCCGACUCGGCUGGGUCGUGGGUUCGAGUUCCACCUGGCUAAGCUUGUGAAUUUCCUGCAAGCAGACAACGCUGAGUCAUAUACAGUGUUUAUGACUAUGUUGGCUAAGGACAACCCCCAAUAUAAUACAGGACACUUUUAGUAAAUAUUGGUUUUUUAUUUCAAUUUUAUGAUUAAAGAGUAUUUUAGGAGGUCAAAUUUAGGAAUGCACUUUUAGUAAUAAACAUCGCUUUGCCGAAUACAUGCACUGAAGGGAGCACAAUUUUCUUACAUGUAAAUAUAAUUAUACCAAAAAUA